AUGGCUCGACGGAGCCACAGUGACCGUGGCAAUGAUGUGGGUGGAGCAUAUUGGAUUGGGUGUGGUAGGCGAGGGCAUUUAGAUGGAGACGUUCACGAAGCAGAGCUCAAUCGACCGUUUGGGAUCUGUGCACUACAUGACGGAACUUUGGCGUUCACUGAUACUCACAAUAAUGCUGUGCGCUUUGUCAUCUCGGAAACUCAGCGAGGUGUGCGAAGCUGUUACGUGAAGUCUGUCGAGAGUUCAGGGCUGCUCACUCCAAAGGGGAUCGCUGCGUCUUCAGAUGAUCGACAUCUCUUUGUGUGCGAUACAGGACAUCAUAAGAUCAAACUCGCUGCGUUGCCCAGUAGAAGUGCACUUACAGACAUGGAUAGUAUCACUGACGAGGUGGAGAUGUUUGCCCUUGCUGGCAACGGCAAGAAAGGAUGGCGCGAUGGACCUGCACUCGAGGCUAGUUUCAACUCCCCAGCAGGUAUUUGUGAGUAUCCUGACGGCACGAUCAUCGUAGCAGACACAGGCAAUCACUGUAUCCGACAGAUUCGACGGGCUGUCAGCGGAAAGCUAGUAGUCAAGACUAUUGCAGGAGCACACGCAGGCUUGGAAACGACGAAAGGAGGUGGCACUCAGCGAUUCGAAUCCAAACGAGUCUCUGGGUAUCGAGAUGGGGUCCGUUCUCUCUUUCGAAGUCCGUCUGCUGUUAUUUCAGGCCCCCAUGGGGAACUUCUAGUGGCCGACACUAUGAACAAUCGCAUUCGAGGACUCCUUCCAUCUUCCGACGGUAGUUCUCAUUGGAAAGUCAACACGAUAUGUGGGCAGGACCGACCAGGACAUGCUGAUGGGAACUGCGAGGUUGCGUUGCUUGACCAGCCGAUUAGUUUGUGUUGGGGAGCGAACACCGACACAUUCUUCGUGUCUGACAGAGGAAACGCCUGCAUCCGUCAAGUUGGGCGCGGCUAUGGUAAUGGUCUGGCUUUCGCCUGGGUACGCACAAUUGAAGUGGGAUGCAUACCUCAAGCACCUCGAUCUGUACGAGAGCUCUAUCAAUGCUGCCAUCCUCUUGGAAUUGUUUGCAUUUCAUGGUAUAACACAUCGAGGAAGGAGACCUCGGAAUUGGUAGUAUGUGACGGCGGGGACAACAUUAUCAAAAUGAUAUCACUUGAAGAGCUCGAGCACCACGUUUUAGACAUCAACAGGAGGUUUGGUGUCCCAAAACUAUCAGAUCGAAGCACGUUCCAGUCUGAGAGUGAUUCUCGAAGCUACAACGACCAAGAAGAGUCCCUUUCGUAAGCUUUUCAAUGGGGUUAAUUAGCCGCUUUCUUCUCAACCUGCCACGUUUGUAUCUGCAGGCCAGUAUCACAUCACCAUGAUUCCGAGGGCUUGAGCGGCAACCAGCUCGGAGAUGACGUCUCAACUUGCUCGUGUGGGGCUGCUCGUGCACUGGAAGAGGCUUUGAAUGCAAACGCAGCACUGCAAGCUGAGAACAUGCGGUUAAGAGAGCUUUUGCAAUGCACAUUCGACGAGAUCGAACUAGCUGAUAAGCGCUUCUCCAAGAACUACCAUCCCCAGAUCGACUAACACAACAAUGUAAGCGUUCUAUCGUACUUACAUAGUAAUGCGGUUCACAC